UCCGCCAUCUUGGAAGCACGUUUUGUGAAACAUCUCUGAUUAACGAUAUUUUUCAGCGAAAGUCACUUCAUCAGGAUGUAUUGAUGAUGAUGAAUUCUGCAGUGAAAUGGAGAGGAACACUUUGCAGACAGCUGGAGAACUUAAUAAAACAUGAUAUUUUAUGGGACAUUUAAUUUCGUUAAAGUGUCAUAAUUGUUUUAUGAAAUGAAGAUUAUAAACAAUGAAAAGUCUUCAAAAUGAAAAGCGCUUUUUGUUUCGAUUCAGUAUUGAUAAUACUGAUUUAAAAAACAAACAAACAAACAAAAUAAAUGUCAUAUGUAUUUCUAAGUGGGUUUCUUUGCCAUUGAAAACAAUUUAAUGUUUGUAAAUUCAUGUAGCACUGCAUAUCUGGUUUUGCACCAAUUUCUCGUAACACACGAAUAUUAAGCCGAAUGCGUAUGAUUCAUUGGCAAUUUUUGCAAAAAUGGAAAAAAACAAAAAGAUAAACUAUAGAAAUUUUUAUCAUCUGAUAAAGAUAACUUGUUUUUGGAACCUUACCAUUCAAUAUAGAUGAAAAUACGUUGUCGAUGCAUUUGUGCAAUGUUGUUGUUUUUGUUGCACACAACCACAUGCAUUACUGCAUAUAAACUGAUGAAUUAUAUGUAAAAAAUGCACAUGAUUUGAACUGAAAUGAACAAGGAACUACUCAGAUACUGGAAGGGUUUUUGGGAAAGUUAAUUGAUGCAUUACAAUAGGUACAUAAGUGUUAAUUUCUUCUAAUUAGAAGAAUAAGAUACUUGAAUUAAAAUAUUUCAUGAGGAAUAUGUAUGAGUGGUCACAUAUUCCAUUUUGGAACAGCAAUUACUGUGCACUAUCCACAUGCUUAGAGCAUUGAUUGCUGCCAACUUUGUCCUUGCAAAAGCUAUAGACCAUGUCUUUGUUGGUUUGGACUGAAAGUCAUAUAUUUCUGUCAUGGCUUAAGACAUAUCUAAUCCAGUAAAAUUAUAGUUGCUAUUGACAACAAAUGAUGGGAAUAAAAGAUGCCCCAAAAAAUAUUCAUUGGUAACUUGAGUGGAAACACUGAGGCAUUUGACAUCCGUGUUCUGUUUGAGAAAUACGGUUCAGUGAGUGAAUGUGACGUUCUAAAGAACUAUGGAUUUGUACACAUGGCCAACGAGCAGGAAGCUCGCAUGGCAAUAACAGAACUUGAUGGAACAACAGUCAAGGGAAACCGUAUACGUGUGGAGUUAUCCACCGGCACAUCUAAAGGAGGACGAGGAGGAUUUGGAGGUGAACGAGGACGUGGAAGAGGACGUGGUGGUGGUAGUGGUGGGCCUAUGAGAGGACGAGGAGGAGGUGGUCGUGGUAGAGGAUCAGACCGAUACUCCAGUGACAGUCGUCCCCUACCCCCUCCAGAAUAUGACCCAUACUACAGAAGACCAGCACCAUAUGAUUAUUAUGAUAGGCCCUAUGCAGAUCGACCACGAUCAGAUGAUAGACGUCCCCCUCCUCCUCCAGAGGACCGUUACCUGAGGGAUAGAUAUCACCCUUAUGACAGAAGACCACCACCCCCUGACCCCUAUGACAGGCCGUAUGAGCGACCAAGAGCCCCACCAGCUGAUCCCUACAGGAGGCCACCACCAGAUUAUUAUAGUAGACCCAGGUACCCACAAGAUGACCCGUAUUACCCAGAGGCGAGAUAUGCCCCAGAAGAGCGUGCAGAGGCCCCUCCUUCUCUUCCCCCAAGGAGCAGCGAUUACUACAAUGGUUACCCAGCUGAUUAUGGAAAUGGACAUGAACCUUCUUCCACAUCUGCACAAAGUUAUUAUGAUCGAUUUUACAAAACUCCACCAGCACGACCAGGAUACCCAAAAGCACCAGCAAAACCUGGCCAGCAGAAAGAUGAUGACCAGAGUUUCCUUCAAACAGAACCUAUCUUUUUCUGAUUGUCCUCACAUUAAGCAGCAUUCACUUGUCAGGGCAUGCACUAACUUUUUAUCCCACCAGUUGAUUAUGUUUUAGUUUUAAACAAAUUUGAUGGAGGAAAAAUUUCAGGAUUUUACUCGCUUGAUGUGGAUAACGUCAUCUGCUGUUAAAAUGACUUUGGCGUUGACAAAUUGUUGGGAGUUCAGAAAUAAGAAAAAUCUGAUGGGGAGCAAACACUUUUAAUAUAUAAAUAGUAUAUACAUUUUACAUAUGAUAAUUUAAUACAAUAUAGUGUGUCUAACUUUUAAGAGAAUUGUUUUUACCAGAAACAAAAUUGUCACUGAUUGUUGUUUACAUCUGGCCAGUAAGACCUGUUAAUAGAUUGGUAGAAAUUGAAAUUCAGGUCAGAAGUUCAGUUUGGUUUCCAGUGACCAAAUGAUAUUGAAAUUUUGUGUCAGAACAGAUUUGUUUCUUGUAUGCAUAUGUAGCUCUUAAAUAUUAAUUUUGUGUGUGUCAAGUGACUUUGUAAUAACUCAUCUGUCUUAUAUGUAUGUACCAUCCUCUGAUUCAAUUAUUUGGUUGCUUAUUAGAAAGGCUUCGGUGAAUAUCAUCCUGUAAUCUAAAUGUAGGAAUGAAUUCAGUAUUAAAAUAUCAUUUACAAGUUCUGUUUUCCCUUUGAUAUUUGGCUAUGCCUUCAACACAAAUGUUAGGUAAAACUUACAGCAGUAAUGUCUAAUUUGUGUGUAGGUUUAGUUGAGUUGUUCAUCAUGUCAUUUUUCCUUUGAGUGAGGAUUACAGUAGUGCAUGUCUCCAUUUUAAACAUCAGCACAUUAUCACGGACCUGGAGAGAUUAAUAUUGAAAGAUAUGUAAGUGUGUGUGUUUGUGAAUUUCAUACGUUCGAACAAAAGGUUUUACAAGAUGUGUGUACUUGAAUGGUUGUCCCAGCAGAAUUCAGUGUAAUAUUUAUUUAGUUGUGUUACGUGUAUCUCUUUUAGAGUAAGUAAUGAGUUUGACAAUUAUGACCUUUGGGUCAUCUUGAUUUUAAUUGGUUAUCAGCUCACUGCAGAAUCUCCAAAAUGUCAGUGAAGCAAGUGAAACUCUAGAAUAUUUGGAUGAUCACAUAACUAGUUAAACUAAUUCACUUUGUGAUUCUUUAGCACUGCUGUACCAAAUCCAAGGCUUUUACUUUCAUGAUAUACCUUUAUUGAUUUGAUUGGCUUACUUUGAAGCUAUAUAUCUGGCUAUUUUCUGCUUGGACAACCAAAUGAAAUUUUACCGAAAUUGCUGUUGUGUUUGCUGAAAGAAAUUUGAUGUCAGAUACACAUAUAUCAAAAACUGGCAUUAUUUGGUAAUCCUAUGGCAUUACCCAGUGCCAAGAUGCACAAUACUCUGUAUUAUAUGUCUUUUUACAAAUUACCUCUUAACAAGACAUACAUACUAAAGGUACCAUAGAUAUAUUUUGUGGCAGUUUUGAAAAGUGAAAAACAUACAGAAAAGCAAAAUUAACAUGACAUUUAAUACCUUACAAAGUCCGAAGUGUUGGUGGCUAUCAAGGAAUUGGACAUGUUUUAACUCCUUUUUUUCAUGGAGUUGCUCUGGAUCAUUAUCAACAUGAGGAAGCCAUUGUUUCAAUGAUAAAUGUUACCACCAAUUUUUCUAAAAAGGAGGUUGUUGAUCUGUUCUCAUGUAAUAUAAUAUUGUGGAACAUUUACAUUUAUUUUCAAACAUGCUUUAGACAUUGCUGUACUAGAUGUAUUGCUGUUUUGUAUUUAUAUGCAUAGCUGCUGUUGUAUUGUUUAUUUCCCAAGUGAUUUGUGUGUUGUAAUAUGAAAAAUGUUUGAUGUAAGAAUUUCCAUGUUGUUACAAUUAUGUACACAUUUUUGAGUUCUUCCAAUCUUUGAAAGAGUGGUGGGUAUCUUCGGUUUACUCUUCUGGAUCAGAAAAUUGUUUCAUAUGCUACAUAACAUAAAAUAGUCAGUAUUUCCAGAGGAAAGUGAAACAAUAUUUGAUGUCUAUUUAUCAUCUUAUGGACUCCAGGUGCUUUGAUCCACACAUUCAGAUGUAGUCAAGUAUUUGUGAUUUUAGGGCAUUGGAAUGUGGCAGUAAGGGAUGAAGAUACACCUUAAGUAUUGAGACAGGGGUUGAGAGGAGUAAUCAGUAUUUCAAGUACAUGUACCUUAUUUCAGGUUGUUUUUGUAGGUUGUAAAUAUCACAAUGUUGUAACGAUGUUGUAACAUUGGUCCGGACAAUAACUAUUAUGAAUAUUUAUAAUUGUGUGCUCAUUGUCAUACAAACAUUGACACAAUCUGCCAAAAUAACCAGUCAUAAGGUAUACCAUUUCAUACAUUUUUGUCUGGUAUUUUAUCGCUUUCAUCAGUUCAAAAUCAUGUGAGUACUAUGUAAAAUAAAUGUUUUGUAAAAUUG